AAAUAAUACGGAGUACGGAGUAAUAAGAAAUGAUAUGAGAAAAAGUCGUAGAAUAAAAGAAAAACUCAAAUCCCAAAAAAACGUCAAAUGAACGAUGGAAUUGAAUUUCAAAAUAAAGGUACUGAAAUUUCAUACGGAAAAAUUCAUAGAAUUCGAUGUUUAUCAACAACUGAUAAACUUCAAGUCAAAAUUCGAAAAAGAAAAAAAGAAAAAGAAAUACACUAAAAGUAUCAUAGAUAAAAAACAUGGAAUUUCUUGGCGGAGUUCUUCUUCUACUGUUUCGAUAUCUUGUUUUCUUUACUUAUAAUAAUAAUAAUAAUAAUUCCUUGAUAUUCUUCUUACCAAUUUUGCUGGCUCUCGUCUUCUCUUUUCGUUUUUGUUUAAGAUGUUUUCUCGUACCAAUUUUUCUCUCUUUGUGUUUUCUUAGUAACCGCAAUCCUGUAAUAUUUAGAGUUAUAUACAUCGAUAGGGUUGGUUUUGUUGUUUGGCCCUCGAUUCGUUUGUGUUUGCUAGAGAAUUUAGGGGUUGUGACCUUCCGUUGAUCUGUAAUGGAGGGUGGUUCUGAAGGAGAGAGCAACAAAAACGCUCUUCAAAGCCCUUCGGAUGGUCAGCCCAAGAAGCCCAAGCGCCAGAUGAAGACUCCCUUCCAAUUGGAAACCCUAGAAAAAGUCUACGCCAUGGAGACUUAUCCAUCUGAAGCAAUUCGAGCAGAGCUAUCAGAGAAGUUAGGGUUGACUGAUCGACAGUUGCAGAUGUGGUUUUGUCACCGGAGACUAAAGGACAAGAAGGAAGCAGCAGGUGUGGCAGUAAUGAAGCCACGUAUGGAACCCAAUGUUGGUGUCAGUGGGAAGAAGAGUUUCACGGAAUUGACCAGAGAUGAAGUCACAAUUCCCGAGACUGGUGUUGAUAACAGGUCUGGUUCCGGAUCGGGGUCUGGGUCGAGUCAGUUUGGUAAUGGGGAGGGUAUGCCGACUCUGCCAAUGAGAUAUUAUGAGUCACCCAAAGCGGUAACGGAGCGUAGGAUUAUCUCUUGCAUUGAGUCACAGUUGGGAGAGCCUUUGAGGAAAGAUGCACCUAUUCUUGGUGUGGAGUUUGAUGAACUUCCACCUGGUGCUUUUGGUGCUCCUAUUGUGUCAAUAGAGCAUCGGGACCGUUACAGGAAUUCCUAUGAUACUGAGCUGUUCGGGCCAUAUGAGACUAAACCAUAUAACGCAUUACCAAGUUCUCUCCCAGAACUUCCCGAGUCAAGGAUAAGAGCAGACAGAUGUGAACAAAUUCCCCCAUCGUAUCACUAUGAUUCACCUGUUAGAGUCCCUGCUUCAAAACCUCUGUCAGUCAUACAAGACAAUGGACAUUUCUCUAGAGAGUAUGGUGUUGAAGCUCAUGCUUCAACUCUCAAUAUAUUGACUCAACAUGGCCUCCAGGGGCAAUAUCCAUCUCCUACCAGUGGGAGUGCACUUAUUAUUGCUGCUAAUGAGUGCUCUAUGCAAAUGGAUCAUGAACACAAGAACGAUGAAGCCAGAAUUGAAAGGGAUGCUCAAGUGCAUGAAAAAAGAAUAAAAAAGGAACUUGAAAAACAGGACCUGUUGAAGAGAAAGAGGGAAGAACAAAUGAAAAAGGAAAUGGAAAGACAAGAGCGUGAGAGAAAGAAGGAAGAACAGAGAUUAAUGCGUGAAAAACAGAAGAAGGAGGAGAGGUUUCAGCGUGAGGAGAAGCGUGAAUUGGAAAGACGGGAGAAAUUUUUGCAGAAAGAGCUUUUGAGGGCUGAGAGGAAAAGACAGAAAGAAGAGCUUCGUAGGGAGAAGGAAGCAACCAAACAGAAGGCUGCUAUGGAGAGAGCAGCUGCUAGGAAGUUUGCGAAAGAAUCUUUAGAGUUAAUUGAGGAUGAACGUUUGGAACUAAUGGAAUUGGCUGUUUCUAAGAAAGGAUUGUCAUCACUAGGUUCCCUUGAUUAUGACACAUUGCAAAACCUGGAGGCAUAUCAAGAAUGUCUGUGUGAAUUUCCUCCAAAGUCUAUAGAAAUGAAAAGUCCAUUCUCAUUCCAUCCAUGGAUUGACUCUCAGGAGAACAUUGGGAACCUUCUCAUGGCUUGGAGAUUCUGCAUAAAUUUUGCAGACGUUUUUGGCCUUUGGCCUUUUACACUAGAUGAAUUUGUUCAGGCAUUCCAUGACUGUGAUUCAAGAUUGCUUAGUGAGAUACAUAUUGCACUGUUGAAAACGAUCAUAAAAGAUAUUGAAGAUGUUGUUAGAACACCUUCUGGUGGGCCUGGUACAAACCAGUAUAGUGCUGUCAACCCAGAAGGUGGACACCCUAAAAUAGUUGAAGGGGCCUAUACAUGGGGUUUUGACAUAUGCAACUGGAAAAAGCACUUAAAUCCAUUAACAUGGCCUGAAGUAUUGAGACAAUUCGCACUUUCAGCUGGAUUAGGUCCUCAGUUGAAGAAGAAGAAGAGUAAAGAACAUGCAAUAUUAAAUGAUAAUGAUGAGAUCAAAGGGUGUGAGGAUAUCAUAUCCACAUUAAGAAGUGGUUCUGCUGCGGAAAGUGCAGUUGCGAUUAUGCAAGAAAAAGGAUUUAUUCUUCAGCGCAAGUCCAGACAUCGAUUAACUCCAGGAACUGUGAAGUUUGCUGCUUAUCAUCUUCUUGCGCUGGAAGGAGAAAAAGGCUUAAAUGUUAUAGAUCUUGCUGAGAAGAUUCAGAAAUCUGGGCUUCGAGACCUAACAACCAGCAAGACCCCAGAAGCUUCUAUUUCUGUUGCUUUGUCAAGGGAUCCUUUGCUUUUUGAAAGAGUAGCCCCUUCGACAUAUUGUGUCCGACCUUCUUUCAGAAAGGAUCCGGCAAAUGCAGAAGAAAUAAUUUCAGUAGCCAGGGAGAAGAUACAGAGAUAUGUAAACGGGUUUUUAGAUGGACAAAAUGCUGAUGAUGAGGAAAGAGACGAUGAUUCUGAGUGUGAUGCCGCAGAUGGUCAGGAGGGUGAUGAUUUAGGCACUCCAUCAGACGUUAUUAAAAACAUUGACCUACAAAAUGAUAUGUGUGCUUGUUUAGUGAAUGGAAAAGAUAACUCUUCUGCAGAAACUGCCAAGGAAGACGGAUUGGAUACCGUGGGUAUUGGAGGAAGUAGUCCUGGCCCAGAAGGUGCAGAGAUCGAUGAAAGCCAAUCAGGAGAACCAUGGGUUCAAGGUCUGACUGAAGGUGACUAUUCCAAUCUGUGUGUGGAAGAGCGUUUGAAUGCUCUUAUUGCCUUAAUCAGCAUUGCAAAUGAAGGGAAUUCUAUUCGUGGAGUUCUUGAGGAACGACUUGAUGCUGCAAAUGCUCUUAAGAAACAGAUGUGGGCUGAAGCACAGUUGGAUAGAAGGCGUAUCAAGGAAGAGAAUCUAAUUAAGUUUCAGCUUCAGGAUUGUUCAUUAGCUAUUCCAGCAGAGGGAAGUCAGAGUCCGUUCACCCUUCCUGUCAGCAAAGUUCCUGAGCUGCAAGCACACACACUUCUUGUAAAUGACACUUCAGUUGGAUUGAACAAUGUUCCAAACCAGGUUGAAUUUUUCUCUGCUGAAAGGAGCAUGGUCCCACUUGAUAUUUCCACAAGCCCGUUUAUUUCCACGGUUCAACCAAGUGGGUAUACAGCAGAAAGGUCAAGAAUGCAGCUGAAAUCUUUCAUUGGCCAUAGAGCAGAAGAGAUGUAUGUGUAUAGGUCUUUGCCACUAGGUCAAGACAGAAGACGUAACCGCUAUUGGCUUUUUGUCGCCUCUGGUACUAGUCAUGAUCCUGGUUCUGGCAGGAUCUUUGUUGAAUCACCUGUUGGCCUUUGGAAAUUGAUUGACACUGAAGAGGCAUUUGAUACACUUUUAACAUCUUUGGAUACCCGAGGGCUUAGGGAAUCUCAUUUACAUAUAAUGUUGCAAAAGAUUGAGAUUCCUUUUAGGGAGCGAGCACGAAGGAAUGCAUUACAUUCAGUUGGUGGCCAGAGUUUUAAUGUUGGCGGGGAUAGUCCUAAUAGUAUGGUGUGUAAUACAAAUUCUGAUAGAGAGGAACCAUCUUUUAAAAUUGAACUGGGAAAAAACGAGGAGGAGAAGAAAAAUGUGUUGAGGAGAUACAAAGACUUCCAGAUUUGGAUGUGGAAAGAACAAUUCGGGCUUUCCAGUUUGUGUGCAUUGAGAGAUGGACAAAAAAGGCGCUUUCCCUUAUUAGGUGUGUGUGAUCGUUGUCUCGACACAUUUCUUUUUGAAGAAGAUGUAUGCGGCUCUUGCCACAAAACGUUCGGGAAAGUUGACUUUGUUGUAAAACUUUUGGAGUCUGAGAACAGUUCUAAUGACAUGAUAAAAUUUGACAAUGAGGAUUUGAUUAUCUCAAAUACUUGUCCACUAAGAAUCAUUUUGAUCAAGGCUGUGUUAUCCAUGCUUGAGGCUUCUGUUCCAGGUGAAGCACUCCAAUCUUCAUGGACGGAAGACAUCAGGAGGAUGUGGGGUCUAAAGCUGCACAAUUUAUCAUCAUCCGAGGAUCUUCUGCAGGUUUUCACUCAAUUUGAAGGGGUUGUAGAACGAGAUUAUCUGUCAUCAAGUUUCGAGACAACGAGGGAGUUAUUGGGUCUAAGUUUCUCAUUAAGAGUUCCCUCUACUCAAAUUGGUUUUCCAGAAUAUCUCCCGUGGAUACCACUAACCACUGCUGCGGUGGCACUCAGACUUUUUGAGUUUGAUGCAUCUCUUUCAUAUGACGCAGAGCAGAAAGCUAAACCCUGCUAUGAUGCACCAAAAGUCGAAAGCGUUACAAAAGCAGAACCCACUGUAGUGGAUCAAAGCACACAUAUAAAAGAGGAAAACUGGAAUUACACGGGUCACAGUUCUGGCGGUUCCCGAGGUAAGCAAACAAGACGGGGCAGAGGUGGUCGUCCACGUGGAAGAUUGCCCAAAGAAAACACUGGAUCAAUAUCAGACUCUACCGCAGGUGAAAGAAUACCUAAAGGGAGUUCUGCUGGGCCAAUUUCACGUGGCCGGCGGACCAUAAGGAGGAGGAGAGAACAGUCUUUUGCCAUUGAAGAUACAGGUGGCGGUGAGUACGGACGAAGAGUUCCAGAAUCACCUGAAUUGCUUUACGGCCGAGAAGAACCAGACAUGAUGGAUAUAAAUACAGAAAGAACCCUAGACGACGAUGAUGAUAGUAAUAACGGAGAGGAAAUGGAAUCUGUCGACAGUGGUGAACAAAAUCUCUGCGUGUUCAGCAAGUGGGGGCCACCAAGCUUCCAUACUCCAAACCACAGUAAUGGGGAGAUGGAAAUAACAGACGAGGAAGCAAACAGUAGUAGUAGCAGUGAGGAUGAGGAAGAAGAGGGUGGUGGUUACAGGGAAGAUGGCCAAAACCUUGAAGGCGGCGGUGGAGGUGGUGUAUACAUGGAUGAUGGCAAUGACUCAGAUAUAAGUGGGGAUGAAAAAGGAGGUUCAGAUUCUGAUGAUUAUGGAGAUUAUAGUGAUUGAUGAGCUGAAUUGGAGGUUCAGCCUAUGGUUUGAAUCCACCCAGUAAAAGCAAGGCAAAGGUGGUCUAAAUUUGAUCCCCUAAUGGAGGUUAAAGUUUUUUUUUUGUUUUAAGUUUUGUUGGGAGGCUGGUGGAGUUCCUAGCAAUGCAAAAAGUGCCAUAGUAAGGUGUAAGAAUACAUAGAUAAGUUUUAUAAUUGUGAUGGGAGUUUUGUAUGCCAUAAGAAUGCAGAUUGUAGUAUUGUACACAAGCUGUUAGAAGUUGCAUAGCAGCUUGCCUCAAUUUUCAAAUGUAGAAUAUGUAGGGAGCAUAUAUACUAUAUAGAUCGCAGAUUGCAGACUGGGAUCUCGGAAAGGUAUGGAAUCGAGGAAUGUGAUUUAGAUUAAAAUCCUGUGAAGACUAAUUUAUGUAUCGUGUAUAUACAAAUUACAAAGUAUAUGUAUGUGCCUGUGCGUACAAAGCAUUUGGGUGUGCCUGUGUGUGUGUAACUUUGUAUACGAAGUAUAUGUGUGCUCAAACAUUUUAGAUGAAAAAUGAGAAAGUGUUUAUGAAAAAAU